AUGCCUCCUUCUCCCCGCGAAUGCGAUCGAUCCACGCCUUCAUCAUCCGCUCCGCCCACCACGACCCCCGCGACCGCCAUCCUGCGCGACCUCUUUCAACACCAAGACACCGCUUUCUCACCUGAGAAGCGCGAUGAGCUUCAUCUGCGAGGCCUUUUGCCUCCUGCUCAACAGUCGAUGGAGCUGCAAAUAGAACGUGCUUUGGCUCAGAUACGGGAGAAGAAGACCGACCUCGGCCGAUACGUUGCCCUCACCGCGCUUCGCCAGACAAAUGUGCGUCUCUUCUACGCGCUGGUCAUGGCGCACGGAGAGGAGACGCUUCCGAUGAUCUACACGCCGACUGUCGGCGAAGCGUGCCAAAAGUUUUCACGCAUUUUCAGACAGCCCGAGGGUCUGACAAUCACCAUCGAGGACAAGGGAAGCGUCAAGGAUGUCAUCUCCAACUGGCCAGUGCCAGCCGGUGCUCCUCGUAUCGCAGUCAUCACUGACGGCAGCCGCAUCUUGGGUUUGGGAGACUUGGGGUAUGGAGGGCUGGGCAUUAGCAUUGGAAAGUUGUCGCUGUACGUGGCUGCAGGCGGCAUUCACCCCCGUGCUACGCUGCCAAUUGUCGUGGACGUCGGAACCAACAAUCAGGAGCUCCUCGAUGAUCCGCUUUACCUUGGUUUGCGCCGCAAGCGCGCCUCGGAUGACGAGGUGUACGCUCUUAUGGAUGAAGUGAUGGAAGCUCUGCAGACGGCCUACCCAAAUCUGAUCAUUCAGUUCGAGGAUUGGGCAUCAGAGCGAGCGUUUGGCUUGUUGGAAAGGUUCCAAAACAAGGCGAGGUGCUUCAACGACGAUAUCCAGGGCACAGGCUGUGUGAUCCUGGGGGGCUUUGUAAACGCAGCUCGCCUCGGCUCUCAAGCGUCGGGCAGACCUCUUCACGAUCAGCGUAUUCUGUUCUUUGGUGCUGGUUCGGCAGGUGUUGGUGUCGCGAAGCAGCUCAUGGCCUUCUUCACACGACAAGGUCUCACGGUCGAGGAGGCGCGACGCAAGAUCUGGCUCGUGGACUCCAAGGGUCUGAUCACAAAGGACCGUGGUGACAAGCUAGCAGAUCACAAGGUCUACUUUGCACGAGAAGACAACGAAGGCAAGCAGUACAAGAGUCUAGACGACGUAGUGGACUAUGUCAAGCCCACCGCAUUGAUUGGUCUGUCUACCGUACCGAAGACGUUCACUCCAGAAGUGCUGCAGAAGAUGCACAAGCUCAACAAGGCACCCAUCAUCAUGCCUCUGAGCAACCCGUCUUCCCUCAGCGAAUGCGAUUUUCACACCGCCCUCGAGGCGACCGAAGGUUCUUGCAUCUUUGCCUCUGGCUCGCCCUUCCCCGAAGAGGACUACAAUGGAAAGCAUUACAUACCUGGUCAGGGCAACAAUCUUUACGUCUUCCCCGCGAUCGGACUUGCAGGUGCGCUGUGCAAGGCAGGCAACAUCUCCGACGCUGCGAUCACGGAGGCCGCCGUCGCCUUGGCAGACAGUCUGAACGACGCAGAGAAGAAGGAAGGCAGAGUGUACCCCAGUCUCAAGCGUAUUCGAGAAAUCAGCGCCAGCGUGGCGACGCGCGUCAUUCAGCAGAUGAACAAGGAAGGAGCAGCUCGUGAUGGUGGAUACACUGGCAGCAUGGAGCCAGAGGAGCUGCACGAGUGGGUCAAGGGAGAGAUGUGGGUGCCGAGCUACGAGAAGCUCGUCGCGUGA